AUGCAUUAUAUGUCUGCCAGUGUCCGUUACGCAAGUGUUGAAGCAUGGGAGAACUUUGGCAAGGGCCAUGAUGAAGAAGAAGUGGCAAAAGCCUUCGCGAUGAAAGGGGCAAUUGUCCAACAGCCAAUCAGCUCCACACACGGGAUGCCUCCGAUUCAUAAUGUCUCUCUGGAGGCCCCAGAUAAUGUGGAGGCAGAGGACCUGGAAGCAUCUGAUUUCCCAGAAGGUGUUCUGGUUCAUGUUGAAGAGAAUUUCUAA